UCCUAUUUACUGAAAGCAUUUGAAGCAGGUUCGCACCGAUACUGGCUGCAGCUUUUUGCGCUCACAGUAAACGCGCUGCACAGACGGUCAGCACAAAAACUUUUAGGUCAGGAUGAGCUGACACCAAGAACUGUGAACAGAUUUGGUCGUUGUUGACCUGAAGUGAGCGUGAAUGACUUUUUCUCCAUAUUGUUUUUAAAAUAUUAUUUUUAAUUUGCCUGCUGUCUUUUUAACUUAGCGCAUAUAUAAGCUUAGUAAACAUGAAGUUUAACGGGUAUCUAAAGCUCCGGAUCGGCGAGGCGGUGGAUCUGAAACCGACUACCUUCUCCCUCCGCCACUCUGUCAUCUUCAACAAGGCUCCUCCAGCCAUGGACCCCUACAUUGUGGUGAAGGUGGACGACUACAAAAUUGGGCAGACUCACACCAAGCAGAAAACCAACAUGCCCACGUACAACGAGGAGUUCUGCCUCAACGUGAACGACGGCAAACAGAUCGAGCUGGCUGUUUUCCACGACACUCCAAUCGGAUAUGAUGACUUUGUGGCCAACUGCACCAUUCAGUUCGAGGACCUCAUCGAAACUUCCAACACAGGGGAGACUUUUGAGGGAUGGAUGGACUUGGAACCAGAGGGCAAGGUGUAUGUUCACAUCACACUCACCGGAUCUUUUGUAGAUGAUGAGGCCGUAGUGAAGAAUUUCAAGCAGUUUACAAGGAAGCGGCAGGGAGCCGUGAGGCGAAGGAUACACCAGGUUAAUGGGCACAAGUUUAUGUCCACUUUCCUCCGUCAGCCCACCUUCUGUUUUCACUGCAAAGAGUUCAUCUGGGGUGUUUUUGGAAAGCAGGGUUACCAGUGUCAAGUGUGUACCUGUGUGGUGCACAAACGAUGCCACCAGCAGGUCGUCACUGUCUGUCCACGCAUGAAGAAAACAGCAAAAGAACAGGUAACGACACAUUAAUACACUCUAAUCAGCAUGUUUACUUCUAAAUAGUUGUUCUCUUUACAGAUUUUUAUUUUUUUUUUGUUUAAAUACAGAAUGUCAAAAAAAAGCACCCUCCCCCUCCUACACACACAUUCACACACGCAUCUGAUUAACACCUGCAGUGAUCAGUAGGCUGUUUCCUGUUUCUAUAUUCUGUCUAGACUGGUCACUGAGGCAGAACACUGUACUGCACUAUUAUUUUCCACAUAUGAACACUAUAAAUUUUUAUGCUUCUAUAAAUACAUCCAUGACAGUUUUAGCAGUUUGAACGCAACUAUGUAGCUUAGUUUUGUUAUAUUUUGCUGAAUAUUACAAGUUUCUCUUCCCUAAAAUCUGACAGGAUAAUAAAAAUUUAUACGCUAAGCAUGUUUAUUUUUAAUACACCAUUUACAAAUUUUGUAAAUAUAGUAUAAUCAUCAUUAUAUAAUUCCUUUAGACUUAUUGUCUCUUUUAUGCUAUGUUCCUUUAAAAGUCU